AUGUAUUCUCUCCUGCUUUGGUUGUUUCUCUCCACAAUCGAUGCGAUUGUAUUGACUCAAAUCCAUCGAUCUGCAAUCUAUAAUCCUAACUCGACUUGUGCUAUUCUUUGGAACGUGCCAUUGUCAUCACCAGAUGCAUCGAUUCAAUCUUGUAUUGGGCAAUGCGUUCACGAAGCGCAAUGUCAAACAGCCGUUUAUUUUCAUGAUGAUAGAGUUUGUUCGAUGUUUGCUGAAAACUGUCGAUCAGGCAAGGUUCUUCCAUCAGUGAACAUUCAAGCAAGUGUUAUUUGUUAUCGAAAAAAUCCAGAUUCGAACACUAAUUGUCCUUCGACUGCAUCAUCAACACCAGCAGUUAUUCAGAUAACAAAAAAUUGGACAAUGGCUAGAAGCAUGGCUGUUACACGAGCAUAUCAUAUAGCAUCUGUAUUGACAGACGGAAAAGUGUUAGUGGCUGGCGGCUCUCUUAAUAUUGCUGAGCUGUAUGAUCCAACGACAAGUAAUUGGACGACAACUUAUAAUGUGAAUAUUGCUCGAGAGCGUUCCACGGCGUCCAUACUAUCAAAUGGUAACGUAUUGGUGGCGGGUGGAUUCAAUGGAGCUUCUCUUAAUAGUGCUGAAUUAUAUAAUCCAAUAAUUCGUAAUUGGUCAUUGACUGGAAGCAUGGCCGUUGGGCGAGACUAUCAUACAGCAUCUGUAUUAACGGACGGAAAAGUGUUAGUGGCUGGUGGACAAAAUGGUGGUUACCUCGAUAGUACUGAAUUAUACGAUCCGUCAACGGGUACCUGGGCAACAACUAGAAACAUGACCAUCCAACGCUAUCGCCAUACUGCAUCUAUGCUAUCAAAUGGUAAAGUGCUGGUGAUCGGUGGAUAUGGCAACGGUGUUUAUCAAAAUAGUGCUGAAUUGUAUGACCCUACAGCAGGUGCUUGGACAGCGACUGGAAAUAUAAGUGCAGCACGAGAAUAUCUUGUUUCAUCCUUAUUACUAGAUGGAAAAGUGUUAGUAACUGGUGGCUACGGAGAUAGUCGUUCCUCGAAUGUUGCUGAAUUGUAUGACCCUACAGUAGGUACUUGGACAACAACUGGAAGCAUGAUUUUUGCACGAUACGGUCAUACAGCAACUGUGUUGGCAGACGGAAAAGUAUUAGUAGCUGGUGGACGUAAUGAUAACGGCUUUCAUAGUUGUACUGAAUUAUAUAAUCCAACAACUGGAAACUGGUCAAUACUUGAAAACAUGCAUUCUGCGCGAAGUUAUCACACAGCUACCUUAUUAUCCAAUCGAACAGUAUUGGUGACUGGUGGCAAUAAUGGUUCCAUAGCUCUCAAGAGUGCUGAAUUGUAUUGA